AUGAAAACUAGAAGCCAAAGAGAAAGAAAGGUUGUUCCUCAUUAUUCAAGUGGACUAAUCAAAGGAACUGAGUUGUUUCAAGGAAGAGGAAUUCCUCUUGGAAGUUCUAAACGUAUUAAAGAAGGUAUAGAUAAUUUAUCAGUAGAUUCUCUGAUUUUACUUCAUAGACUAAUGUAUCAUAAACAAGGUGAAGAUUCAGAACGAUUAGAUGACAUACUUUUGUUCAGUGGAUUUAAAGAUAUUAAACAAAGAGAAUUAGCAAUUAGGAUAGCUCAAAAACUUAGUGAAGAUGAUAUUAAACUAUUGUGUAAAUUAUUUGAUAUAGAAUGUGAAGAAAAGGAUGAAAUGGUUAAAGAGCUAGCUGACUUUCUUUUUGUCCCAAAGCUUUUGAAAAGAGACUUUAAAUUAAGUUGUAUAGAAACAAUAGAUGAAAGGGAGGAUAGUGAAGAAAACCUCCGUAAAGUAGAAGAAAUGCUCAACUUAGCUGAAGAAGAUGAAAAGGUAUAUGAUCCAGAAGAGAUGAUGUCGGAAGAAGAAGAGUGUGGUGUUAGUGAUAAAAAAAUAAUAAAAAAACAGUCUGUUCAAGAAAAAGAUCAAGAACAAAACGAAAACAACGAAGAACAAAAUGAAAAGGAAAAAAGUAAAGAAGAAAAAACAAAAAAAGAAUGUUCAUCAAAAGAGAAGAAACUCUAUCCCACAAUUUCUCAUAAAAAAGAAACUGAGAAAAAACAUAAAAAGAAAGCAAAAUAA